GGUGCAAACCGCACCUUAUUUCCUCUUUAGGGAGCUCAUGGGACAUCAGGCGCCGGCCCUUGAAGUGGGGGAAGUACCUAGGGAUUCCCGGCAUUUCUAACACAAGAAACGUGCAAACGUCAUGCUAGCAGCAGUCACAGAAUCCGCGUCUUUCACUCUUUCUGUCAUCUCAGCAGUACUCAAAUUUGUCUAGCUUAUUGUGUCAGUCAAAUCCUAUCAGGUCAGGAGUCAGACCCUGAGUCCCUUGUAUAAAAACCACAUCAAGGUCUUAGUCCGUCUUUCCCUUUUCAUUGAAACUGGGCAAAUGUAUUCAACUGUUUCGCGGUUCUCUCGUGAGUCUCGUCGUUUAAAGACAAGUUUUUUGACUGAGAAUAAUAAAGAGCAGCUUGAAAAAUAUGUCUGUCCAAAAUGUGACUGUAUUCUUCAUGAUGCUGUUCAGACAAGCUGUGGCCAUUGGCUUUGUAAUGGAUGUGCUGAAGAGUUUUUUGACAAGAAGAAUGAAGGGACAAUUUUUUGCCCAAGGCCUGAUUGUGACGAAGAACUGACCAAUGAAGAUGGAAGACUGUUCUUUCCUGACCGGUUCGUUCGUAAAGAGAUCAAUCGCUUCUCAAUUUUGUGCCCAAAUCGUAAAUUUGGAUGCGACUGGAAUGAUGUAAUUAGCGAAGUAUUUGUUCACCUUGAAAGCUGUGUCUACGAGAAGCAAGAAUGCCCACACUGCAGUAAACCAUUCAAUCCGAGUGAGUACCAGUCACAUGUUGAUCAAUGCCCUAAGAUGACUGUCACAUGUCCUUUGAAAGACCAUGGGUGCAAGGAAACCAAGGAAAUGACUAGAGAGGAAUGCAUUGAGCAUUUGUCAUCAAAAAAUGGUUUUUUUGAUCAUCUUUUAAUGAUAGCUAUUACAAUCUCUUCUCUACUAACCAGUAAUCUUGUUCAAAGUGAUGGUAGUGGCUCUGAUUCUAAGUUUCGUUCUACUUUGCCAACAAUACCAAAGAGAUGUGUCUGCAGUGAUGGGCCAGGUCCUAGAGGAAACGACUUGGGUUUUUUGGAAGAUGGUGUAGUAGCUGAAGCAAUAGUAAGAGGAGGAUAUGGAGAGAUAGGAGGAGGAAGAGUUGACGACAAACUGAUGAGUUUAGUAAUGACAAAGAUAACAGGAAUACAAGCAGAACUAACAAAGAAGGACAGCCAAAUACACACUCUACAGGAUAAAGUAGCCCAACUGGAGACAACUCUAUCUGCUAAGAUGUCUGAGAAUGAAGAUAGAGACUUCCGACUUUCUUUGAUGGAGAACAGUAAUUUUGAUGGUUCUAUGGUCUGGAAGAUACCUCAGUUCUCUCAGCGUAUGGAUGAUGCCAGGACUGGAAAAUACACUUCAAUAUUUUCUCUUCCAUUCUACUCCAGUCGCUAUGGUUACAAGAUGUGUCUCCGCCUCUACAUCCUGGGGGAUGGUAUUGGAAAGGGCACUCAUAUGUCUCUGUUCUUUGUUGUCAUGAAAGGAGAGUUUGAUAACAUACUCCAAUGGCCAUUCACACACAAGGUUACCUUCAAGCUAAUCAACCAGUGUGGUGCUCGUGAUAUUAUGGAUAUAUUCCAGCCUGAUCCACUCAGCUCUUCCUUCCAGAAACCAAAAUCAGACAUGAAUGUUGCUAGUGGAUGUCCUCGUUUUGUGUCCAUGAAUGAGCUAAUGCAAGGUGGAUUCAUUGUUGACGAUACGAUAUUCAUAAAGGUCAAAGUGGAUACAGCAACCAUGCGUCAUCCAUAGCAUUAGGAGGAGAGAGUCUUAGCAGUUGCCUUGAUUGCACUGAACUACAUUAUACAUGACAUUUUUUCACUUAAUCAUGAUCAUUUAUCACUCAAUCAUGAUCAUUUAUCACUCAAUCAUGAUCAUUUAUCACUUAAUCAUGAUCAUUUAUCACUUACAUGUUGUAUUAUAAUGAAAUAAAAUUCAGUUACUCUUUGAUCAACAGUG